AUGGCCCCUUCCAUUGACCCAAAAUUCAAAGCUGACAGUGCUCUCCAUGAUCUGCCCACUCCAGAGCCCGAGUCACCUUACAGACCUCGCCAGCCUUACCGUUUCUCCACACUUUGUGCUACUGUCGAAAACCCAUCGCAAAAGGACCAGUAUGGGUCGAGUUCCGUGCCCAUCUAUCAGACAGCAACGUUCAAGGGGAUUGGGGCAGAGUAUGAUUAUUCCAGGAGUGGUAAUCCCACCAGGAGCCACUUAGAGCAUCAUAUCGCAAAGAUAUCAUCUGCUGCGCAUGCUUUCGCCGUUUCGUCAGGAAUGGCUGCUUUGGAUAUCAUCCUUCGUCAGCUCAAACCGGGAGACGAAGUUAUCGCAGGUGAUGACUUGUACGGUGGUACCAAUCGCUUGCUUGGUUACCUCAAGGCCCAUGGUGGCGUUACCGUUCAUCAUGUUGAUACCACCAAGCCUUCUAGCCUCUUGGAGUACAUCAAGGCUGGAAAGACAGCUAUGGUUCUCCUGGAGAGCCCAACGAACCCCUUGCUCAAGAUUUGCGAUCUUGCGACCAUCUCGGCCAAUGUCAAGGAACGUGCCCCGGAUGCCGUUAUCGUGGUAGACAACACCAUGAUGAGCCCUUAUUUGCAGCGGCCGUUGGAACAUGGCGCAGACAUCGUAUACGACAGUGCAACCAAGUAUCUCAGUGGACAUCAUGACUUGAUGGCUGGUGUGAUAACCUGUAAUAGAGAGGACCUAGCUAAACAAAUGGGUUUCAUUAUCAAUUCAGCGGGCAAUGCAUUGACGCCGUUUGACUGUUUCCUCUUGCUUCGUGGCAUUAAAACGCUUGCUAUCCGAAUGGACCGCCAGCAGUCAACAGCAAUGCAAGUAGCCAACAUGCUCGAUCGUCUAGGCUUUAAGGUGCACUACCCAGGACUUGCGAGUCAUCCUGAUCGAGAGGUGCACGAAAGAAUUGCAGACGGCUACGGUGCGGUUCUCAGCUUCACCACCGGCGACAAAGCGCUCAGCGAGCGAAUCGUCGGCGCUACGAGGCUAUGGGGCAUUAGUGUCAGCUUUGGCUGUGUGAAUUCAUUGAUAAGUAUGCCUUGUGUGAUGUCUCAUGCAUCGAUUGAUCCUGCCACCCGUGCUGCUCGUGGAUUACCCGAGGACCUCAUUCGUCUAUGUGUCGGUAUUGAAGACCCAGCCGACCUUUUAGAUGACCUUGAACGUGCGCUACUUGAAGCUGGCGCUAUCACGCUUUCUGCAGGUGCAGAUGAGCACAGAUAUGUACGUGCCUCCCAUCCCAGCGAAGGAUCCGCGAUCAGUCGUGCGGUAGAGAAACUUGCCUUCAACGAUGCAGCUGGACUCGGAUACAUGAAAGAACGUCAUCAGGAGGAUAGAGAGUGGUUUGUCAGUGCUCCUGGAAAGGUGAUAUUGUUCGGAGAGCAUGCUGUUGUGCACGGGGUUACUGCUAUCGCGGCAUCUGUCGACCUUCGUUGCUAUGGUCUAACUACACCCCGACAUGAUGGAAAGGUAUCAGUUCAUUUCAUCGACAUCGAUAAUUUCAAGCAUGCUUGGGAAGUGGAUGAUUUACCAUGGGAAGCUGUCACUCCUGUCGGCGUGGGCGGUGAACAUCCAGAAUCUCUCGAUCUCAAACUCGUCGAAGCCAUCACAUCGCGUGCGCUGCCAAGCUCGAUACCACCCAAAGCCAAACAAGCUUCCACUGCCUUUUUGUAUAUGUACAUGGUCCAGGCUCACGGCGGUGUGAGACCGUCCUUCAAUUUCUCCGCUCGUGCUACUCUACCUAUCGGCGCAGGCCUAGGUUCCUCCGCCUCUUUCUCUGUUUGUGCAGCUACUGCACUUCUCCUCCUUCAUCAACGCAUCUCGAUCCCUCCUCUGCCUCCCCCCACGCGUGAAGGACGUCCUGGCGAGCCUGGCCAUAUCCACGUUUCUCAUCAAGGUCGUCGCGCCAUUGAACCUAAAAUCGCGGAAGAGGUCAAUCGCUGGGCAUUUGUCGCAGAGAAAAUUUUGCAUGGGAAUCCCAGUGGUGUAGACAAUUCAGUCGCGGUGUUUGGUGGUGCACUGGCAUAUACUCGGGCUGGGUUUGGGAAGAAGAGCGGGAUGGAUCCUAUUCAAGGGUUUAAAUCACUUCGGUUCUUAUUGACGGAUUCGAAAGUUCCUCGAGAUACCAAGAGUCUGGUGGCUGGAGUUGCAGUCAAGAAGGCUCAGGAACCAGAGUUGGUGAAUGGAAUAAUGGAUCUCAUACAAAGCAUCAGCGACGAGGCUCGUCGCGCUCUGGCCGACCCUGAAAUGUCUAGAGAGUCUUUGAUAUCUGCACUAUCCGCCUUGAUAGACGAAAACCACCAACAUUUAGUUUCGCUGGGGGUAUCUCACCCAACCCUAGAGGCUAUUCGUGCCAAAACCGCAUCAAAUCCCUACAAUCUCAGUACUAAACUCACAGGCGCGGGCGGUGGUGGUUGCGCAGUGACGUUGGUGCCUGAUCACUUUACGGACUCCGAUCUCAACGAUCUGAUUGCGGCCCUAUCUUCCGAUAAUUACGACCCUUAUUUCACUUUGGUUGGAGGAAGCGGUCUUGGUAUUCUUUCGCCAUAUAACCAACCUCAAGCUUCAGCUAGAAAACAACUUGCUCCCAUUACCCCGCCCGAGACACCCGGAGAGCAAACAAAUGGUACUGAAGAAGAGGACGCCCUUCCGGAGUCUUUGGGUGCCGCAUUUGAAACAAGCUCUACUACUGAGCUAGGAGAGUGGGCUGACGCUCGUGGAAGGUGGCUGUUCGUGUAACUGCUCCGCGAAACCCAUGGAGUCGUGUAUCGUGUGCUUGUAAUACUAUUGCAUAUGUUACGUACACCAUAUCGUAACAACGUGUGUUAUCAUCAUUACUAUGAAAUUUCUGGCACUGCACUUGCUAGGGCCUUGAGGCAGAGGUCCGGGAUGUUUUAAGGUGCUUAACGACUAUCUCAUCAAUGUAAUGCAUGCAUGCACAGGAUGAUGAAGCUGGACGAG